GCCUCGCUCGCUCUCGGGCCCCGCAGCCGUGCGCGCCCGGCGCCAUGGGCAAAAAGGGCAAGAAGGAGAAGAAGGGCCGCGGCGCCGAGAAGACGGCCGCCAAGAUGGAGAAGAAGGCGUCCAAGCGCUCGCGGAAGGAGGAGGAAGACCUGGAAGCUCUCAUAGCCCAUUUCCAGACGCUGGAUGCCAAGAAGACCCAGGUCACUGAGACCCCAUGCCCCCCACCUUCUCCACGGUUAAACGCCUCCCUCUCCGUCCAUCCAGAGAAAGAUGAAUUAAUCCUUUUCGGAGGUGAAUAUUUCAAUGGCCAAAAAACUUUUGUAUACAACGAUCUCUAUGUCUACAAUACCAGAAAAAACACCUGGACCAGUGUUGACAUCCCUGGUCCACCUCCGAGGCGCUGUGCUCACCAGGCUGUGGUGGUGCCUCAGGGCGGUGGGCAGCUGUGGGUCUUUGGAGGGGAAUUUGCAUCUCCUGAUGGGGAGCAGUUCUACCACUACAGGGAUCUCUGGGUCCUGCAUUUGGCCACCAGGACUUGGGAGCAAGUCAGAUCUACAGGAGGCCCUUCUGGUAGGAGUGGCCAUCGGAUGGUGGCCUGGAAGAGACAGCUAGUUCUUUUUGGUGGCUUCCAUGAGAGUACAAGGGACUACAUCUACUACAACGACGUGUACACCUUCAGCCUGGACUCGUUCACCUGGAGCAAGCUGUCCCCGGCAGGGCCCGGGCCCACGCCCAGGUCAGGCUGCCUGAUGACCGUCACUCCGCAGGGCAGCAUAGCCAUCUACGGGGGCUACUCAAAGCAGAGAGUCAAGAAGGACGUGGACAGAGGCACCCAGCACUCAGACAUGUUUCUGCUAAAGUCUGAGGGAGGAGAAGGCAAAUGGGUAUGGACCCGGAUUAACCCCUCAGGGAUCAAGCCCACCCCAAGGUCUGGCUUCUCAGUGGCUGUAGCCCCGAAUCAGCAGACGCUGCUCUUCGGGGGUGUCUGCGAUGAGGAAGAAGAAGAAAGCCUGGACGGCAUGUUCUUCAAUGAUCUGUACUUCUUUGAUGCCACCAGGAACCGCUGGUUUGCGGGGCAGCUGAAGGGCCCCAAGGCAGAGAAGAAGAAACGCAGGCGGGGUAAAGCAGAGGAGUGCGGAGCCGGCAGUGAGCAAGAGCCUGGGCCCGCUGGGGCCCCAGAGCCCGUAGAGGUGGUGAAAGAGGUGGUGACCGAGGACGGGACCGUGGUGACAAUCAAACAGGUGCUCAUGUCCCCGGGCCCGGGCGGACGGCCUCCACCCGAGGCUGAGGACGAGGCCGAGGACGGUGCCUCCGAGCCCGGCUGCCCCUCCGCGGAGCCAUGUCCACGCUCCAGUGCCAUGCUGGCCGUCCGGCACGGGCUGCUCUACGUCUACGGCGGCAUGUUUGAAGCCGGUGACCGUCAGGUGACCCUCAGCGACCUCCACUGCCUUGACCUCCACAAGAUGGAUGCAUGGAAGACCUUGGUGGACAUGGACCCAGAAACGCAGGAGUGGCUGGAGGAGAGCGACUCGGAGGAGGACAGCAGCUCCAGUGAGGGCGCGGCGGCGGGGGACGAGGACAGCGGGGGGGACGAGGACAGCGGGGGGGAUGAGGCAGGUGAGCCCCGCCCGUGUGACCCCGUUCUGCAGGUGUGCUCUUGAGGUGGUGCGGACAAGACGCAGGUGCAGCACUGCUGUGUCCGGAGGCGCUCAGCGCUGUCCUGGCAGCUGCCCUGACUCAGCCUGCCCCUCUCUUGUUCCCCUUCUCCUGGACGAGAAGACUGACACUCGCUGCCCGCGCUUGGGGACAGUAGGCGGAGCGCGCCUGGCCCAGCAGGACUGGCUGGUUCUCGCCAGGGCCACGCAGGCCUGGUGCACACAGGAAGGCGCUGGAGGAGGCCCGAGACUGAAGGCCAUCUGAACGGUGGGAAGUUGAGUUCCACGGGUCUCACGGGUGGCAGGUGUGCCCUGGUCUCCCCUGUGGCGGGCAUCUUCCUGCAGCCCGAGUGUCACAAGGCUGGUGAGCCAGGCCGUGUGGGUGGAGACAGGACGCUGGAGACCCUGGGUGCACCCGUGGCUUCAAUAAACAGCACCCCAACCCCCUGUGGGGGCUUUCCUUCUA